CACAGUGCAUGAAGUCACACUUCCUUUUGUUGGAUUUGUUUGCCUGUUCUGACCGAUGGACCACUGAUUAACUAUCUCAUUUGUCUCCUUCAAGUCGACAGCGGAAUCUCCUACUCAGACCUCAGGUGGAAAUAAAGGCACAGGUACUGAUGGAGAUGACAGCGCCGCUCCUGGUCCCUCCUGCUCCGUUGCCGUGGCAACACACAGAGAGCGUCGGCUCCUCCGACAGAAUGGAAAGGAAGAUGGAGGAUAACACUGUUAGAGACGUCGAGACUGGCAAUGAAACUGGUGGAGAGGAUGCCUUGGUGGGGAAUGUGAACAAACUGAUGGUGACUCCACCAGGUUACUCAGGAGCGCCGCGAAAAGGACAUCUGGUCUUUGAUGCUUGCUUUGAGAGUGGGAACCUUGGCCGUGUUGACUACAUCAGUGAGUUUGAGUUUGACCUCUUCAUCCGGCCUGACACCUGCAACCCCCGUUUCAGAGUUUGGUUCAACUUCACAGUGGAGAACGUCCGCGAGACACAGAGAGUCAUUUUCAAUGUGGUCAACUUCUCAAAGACCAAGAGCCUGUACAGAGAUGGCAUGUCUCCCGUGGUCAAGUCUACCAGCAGGCCAAAAUGGCAGAGACUCCCUGCCAAAAACGUGUACUACUACCGUUGCCCUGACCACCGACGCAACUAUGUCAUGUCCUUUGCCUUCUGUUUUGACCGAGAGGAUGACGUUUACCAGUUUGCCUACUGCUACCCGUACACCUACUCCAGAUUGCAGCACUACCUGGCCAGCCUGGACCGUAGAAACCUGCCCUACCUGCAGAGGGAGCAACUGGGACUCAGUGUGCAACAACGGCGCUUGGACCUGUUAACCAUCACCAACUCUGACCACAGGAGUACAGAGAGGGAGAAGAAAUUGGUGUUUCUUACAGCUCGUGUUCACCCGGGAGAGUCUCCUGCUUCCUUUAUUUGUCAAGGUGUGAUUGACUUCCUGGUGAGCCAGCAUCCCGUGGCUCAGAUCCUAAGAGAUCAUGUGAUCUUCAAGAUCGUCCCCAUGCUAAAUCCUGAUGGAGUAUACCUGGGCAAUUACAGGUGUUCUCUGAUGGGCUUCGACCUGAAUCGCCACUGGCAGGAUCCGUCCCCAUGGGCCCACCCCACACUGCAUGCUGUCAAACAACUCAUAGUACAGAUGAACCAAGACCCGAGAGUUAGUUUGGAGUUCUACAUUGAUGUUCAUGCCCACUCCACCAUGCUGAAUGGCUUCAUGUACGGCAAUGUGUUCGAGGACGAGGACCGCGUCCAGAGACAGGCUGUCUUCCCCAGACUGCUAUGCCAAAAUGCACCAGACUUCUCCUUUUCGAAUACGUCCUUCAACCGGGAUGUAGUGAAGGCUGGUACCGGUAGACGGUUCCUCGGUGGUCUCCUUGAUGACACGUCCUACUGCUACACUCUGGAGGUGUCCUUCUACAGUUACAUGACAGCUGGCAGCACUGCUCCUGUGCCCUACACUGAGGAGACAUACAUGAAACUGGGCAGGAAUGUGGCCCGAACCUUCCUGGAUUACUACAAACUCAACAACCUCAUCAAGGACAACAUAACAACUCACAUUCAAAGCUGUGACGUGAAGUCCCACACAAGCGAUGGUGACGGAAAGGGCCUUGGUUUUGGCAGAGACACAGAAGACAGUGAGAGAGAGAAGAGCCAAGGUGUAAGGCACUAGACAGACGGACGCAGAAUGAACGUAUAAAAAACCGAGCACCAUAGCAGGAGGAUCCUUCAUGCUUCAUUGCCUUUAGAAGCUCCAGAUCUUCCAGGCUAUAAAGACUUAUUUUCACAGAUUUGUGACGGUGGAAUGACUGGUACUUGCAGGACUAAAAUCAGAACAAGUUCCCUCCUGGGUUAUUUGACUAUAAUCUGUAAAAUGUGUGUAAAAUGUGAGUUAUUCAAGGCCAAGGAUAGACAGACCGGUUAUGCAUUUCAUUUGAGGCCUUCAUUCAUCAGCUCCUUUUUGUGUGUAUAUGGUUGUAAAUAAAUGCAUGCUUCCCCUCUGUUAC